CAAAAGGUCAUAUUCGCCAGAGGUUUAAGGGAAGUUCCUUAUUCAUUCUUCACCGCCCUGAAAAUAUACGCUUAUCUCCCCAACCACCAAAAAUGGCUGCCACAGUCUCACUAUCCUUUACUCAAUACCCAACAUAUUCAAAGCCUCUCACACCCCUAAAACACCACAAAAAACCCACUCUUUUCCUCCGUAAACACUCCUUUCCUUCUCCUAUGUUCUCCUUCCCUUUCCAAUUCAGUUUCAAUCCCCCUUUCAACCCACCUGGUUUCCACCCUCUAUACGACUCCAUCCACGACAACUUCGUAGAAAACAUCGAAAAUCCAUCAAAUUUUCUCUUACCCAUUGCUCACAGCCGCCAAAUUCUUUCCCCAGAUUCUGCCCCGAGGAUAUUUAUCCAAGACCCACCAUGGAUAUCGGCUUUAUUUUUAAAAGGUCUUUACAAAAUGACCAACCAGACUGUCAAAAUAGAGUACAAAGAGAUCGAGAAAAGGAAGUAUAAUAUUCUUAGGAGGAGACAAGUAAAAGAAGAGACUGAAGCUUGGGAGAAGAUGGUAGAAGAAUACAGGGAGUUGGAGAGGGAAAUGUGUGAGAAGAAAUUGGCUCCCAAUUUGCCUUACGUCAAAGGGUUGUUUCUCGGAUGGUUUGAGCCUUUGAGGGAAGCAAUUGCCCGGGAACAAAAGGCUCAGAAGGGAAAGAGCAAGAAGCUGAGGGCGGCUUAUGCGCCGCAUAUUGAUUUGUUACCAGCUGAUAAAAUGGCGAUUAUUGUUAUGCAUAAGAUGAUGGGAAUGCUUAUGGGAGCGGAGGAAGAUGGGUAUGUGCAGGUUGUACAGGCUGCUGUGCAUAUUGGGGUGGCUGUUGAACAAGAGGUUAGAAUUCAUAGCUUCUUGGAGAAAACUAAGAACUAUCAGAGGAAGCAGAUAGUAGAUGAGGUUCAAGGUGUGAGCAAGGAGAAGGAAAUACUUAGGAAACGUGUUAAUAGUUUGAUUAGGAGGAGGAGACUCAUUGAAGUGCAGAAGCUGGUAAAAAAUGAAGAAAUUAAACCUUGGGGUCGAGAUGCUCAAGCUAAGCUUGGAAGUCAUCUUCUAGAACUAUUAACUGAAACAGCUUACGUUCAACCUCCAAUUGACCAGUCAGGAGAUAGCCCUCCCGAUGUUCGACCUGCUUUUAGACAUAAAUUUAAAACUAUCUCGAGGGACCCCAGGCAAAAAAUUAAGAAGAGAUAUGGAAUUAUUGAAUGUGAUCCUCUGCUACGUUCAGGGCUUGAUAAAUCUGCUAAGCAUAUGAUGAUUCCUUAUGUACCAAUGUUGGUGCCUCCAAAAAAAUGGAAAGGGUAUGACAAGGGCGGCUACUUGUUCUUGCCUUCUUAUGUCAUGCGAACUCAUGGAUCAAGGAAACAACAAGAGGCACUUAAGGGUGUCGCUGUAAAAAAUAUGCGGAAAGUGUUUGAGGCCCUUGAUACACUUGGAAGCACCAAAUGGAGGGUGAACAAUAAGGUUCUUGCUGUGGUAGAGAGUAUUUGGGCAACUGGUGGCAACGUUGCUGGCAUGGUUGAUCGAAAUGAUAUUCCUAUACCAGACAAACCUCAUUCAGAGGAUUCAAUUGAAAUCCAAGAGUGGAAAUGGAGCGUGAGAAAGGCAAACAAGAUUAACCGUGAGAGACAUUCUCAAAGAUGUGACACUGAACUUAAGCUUUCGGUGGCUCGGAGAAUGGGAAAUGAGGAAGGCUUUUAUUAUCCUCACAAUCUUGAUUUUCGAGGCCGUGCAUACCCCAUGCAUCCACACUUGAAUCAUCUAAGUUCCGAUCUCUGUCGAGGAGUUCUUGAAUUCGCAGAAGGACGGCCACUGGGGAGAUCAGGGUUACAUUGGCUGAAAAUACAUUUAGCAAAUCUGUACUCAGGAGGUGUUGAAAAGCUUUCACAUGAUGGGCGUCUCGCAUUUGUUGAUAACCAUUUAGAUGAAAUAUUUGACUCAGCAGAAAACCCUAUCCACGGUAACCGAUGGUGGUUAACAGCUGAAGAUCCUUUUCAAUGCUUGGCUGCUUGUUUUAGUUUGUCAGAAGCCUUAAAGAGCUCAUCACCACAUAGUACGGUAUCCCACCUGCCAAUUCAUCAGGAUGGUUCCUGCAAUGGCUUACAGCACUAUGCAGCCUUGGGAAGAGACAAUUUGGAAGCUGCAGCAGUUAACUUGGUCGCAGGAGAGAAACCUGCUGAUGUUUAUACAGAGAUUGCUGUGAGGGUUCACAAUAUAAUGAAGAGGGACAGUAACAAGGAUCCUGCGACAAAUCCCAAUGCUUUAUUGGCAAAGCUCUUAAUUGAUCAGGUGGAUCGAAAAUUAGUAAAGCAAACAGUAAUGACCUCAGUGUAUGGUGUAACUUUUGUUGGGGCACGUGAGCAAAUAAAACGAAGAUUGGCGGAGAAGGGUCAUAUAACUGAUGAUAGAAUGCUAUUUUCUGCAGCUUGCUAUACUGCUAAAGUGACAUUGGCAGCCCUUGGAGAAUUAUUCCAAGCAGCACGCAACAUAAUGGUUUGGUUAGGUGACUGUGCAAAGAUUGUUGCUUCGGAGAAUCAACCGGUGCGGUGGACAACACCUCUUGGUCUCCCUGUUGUGCAGCCCUAUUAUAAAAGUGAACGACAUCUUAUAAGAACUUCUCUACAAGUAUUGGCCUUGCAGCGGGAGGGCAGCUCAGUAAGUUCCUUAGUUAGAAAACAGAGAACUGCAUUCCCUCCAAAUUUUGUGCACUCACUUGAUGGUUCUCACAUGAUGAUGACUGCUGUUGCAUGCAGAGACGCUGGUCUACAUUUUGCAGGGGUCCAUGACUCUUUCUGGACUCAUGCACGUGAUGUGGAGAUGAUGAACCAGAUACUUAGAGAAAAAUUUGUGGAGCUUUAUAGCAUGCCAAUUCUUGAAAAUUUGCUUGAAAGCUUCCAGACAUCAUAUCCGUCAUUGGUUUUUCCUCCCCUCCCAGAGAGAGGCAACUUUGACUUGAGAGAGGUUCUCAAGUCACCAUACUUUUUCAACUGAUACUCCAAGUAGAACAACGUUUGUAUGUUUUACAUUUUCAACUGAUUCUCCAAGUAGAACGGCGUUUAUAUAUCAGUUCGCAGAAACAUUGCUAGCUUGUACAUUCUUUUGCCCUUGAGAAUAAGUUUCAGUGAGAACUGAGGAGAAAAUCCAUGUGGGAGUUGAUGAAACCUGGGAAAUGACGGCUCCUGCUUCUUCUGGUUAAAAUUCUAGUAGGCCGUGAAGGUCCUUCACUGCGGCUGAGAAUUACAGACAUGGGAGGUGAGAGUUGGCAAAAGAUGCGAAAUACGAAACACUUUGCAGCAAUCUUUUUAUGUGCUGCAGAAGCUGAUCAUCAGGGCAACAUAAGAUGUCUUCUUGUCGAUUAAUUUAAGCAAAACAGCAAAAUUCUUUCUUUUAUUUCCUGUCUGAAUUUGUUGUAGUGAUAAUACGUGCCUGCUGAUCAGCAGCCAGUGUAACCUUAAAAGCCCCAUCUUA